GGUUAUUGAAGAGGAAGAGGGGGAUUUGAGCCUCGUCAGCAACACGGUAAGGAAGACAGGCCUUUGAUUCGAAAUUAUUGACUGAUUGGUUUGAUCAACACAUUUAUUAAGCCAUUGGCAGCUAGUUGGAAGCUAAUUAUGUUGGUAAUCUAUACAUAUCUCAUUGGAGUGUUUACUCCAUUGGAAAUUACAGACAACUGAUCGAGUUUCUCCAGUCGUUGACUUCCAGCUACUAUCUCUAGUUGGUAUGGCCGAUUAUUGGAAAAGUAACCCAAAGAAGUAUUGCGAAUUAUGCAAGUGUUGGAUGGCAGACAACAAAAUUAGCAUCCAAAAUCAUGAGAAUGGUAUGCGACAUAAAGCUAGUGUAGCUAAAAAAGUUAAUGAAUUGACCCGUAGCAACAAGUGUGCUGAAAUGGAAAGGAAGAAUUUAGAGGCGUGUUUACAACAAAUAAACGAUAGUGCCCACUUAAGUAUGAUGAAAGAUCUAGAAAGAGACCCAUCAUUGGCAAAACAGUAUGGAGUCGUGUUAGCAAAGUCACCAUGUGAAGGAAAAUUGAACGAAGAGUCUUCUAGUAAAACAGGGAAAUCAGUUGCUGAUAAAUCUCGUCCUGAUCCAUCCAGUCGUGCAAAUAUUUGGAAGGAAUCAAUAACCCCAGAUGGCAAACAUUAUUAUUGGAAUGUGGCUACUCGUGUUACUCAGUGGACACGGCCAGAUGGCAUUAUAGAGCCGGACCAACGACCAGUGAAAGAAGAAAAAACCAGACUAAAAGAAUUCGUCUUAAAUCGUCUUGUGGAGUUAAGCGAACAUGGAUCCAAGGGAGCCAAUGAGGCAGUACUACAAGUGUUUAAUGUACCUACAUCAGAUAUCGAGCCUAUCAUAGAAAAAAUAUCAGAUGGCACAUCCGAUAAGAAGCCGAAAAGUGUGAAUCUUCCAACACCUGUUCAAUUCCAAGGUCCACAAAUUGACUUACUUGGUCCGUGGGUUCCUUGUGAUGAUACUCCUAGGCCCAAAUUACCCAAGCUUGAUCUUCCUGAUGCCUCCAAUGAUGUUGGAAGCUUCGGAUCUCCAAAUUUAGAUGGAAAACUGGCUGUACUUGCACAGUUGGAAGCGACAACGGAAAAGUAUUACGAAAAUCCAACUCUCUUCAGUCCUAAAGACCAGGUAACUACUCAUAGUAGUUACGUAGCUGAAACCACUAAGCAAACCAAUAGUGAGGAUACUAAAGUACGACAGCCUAAUUCUAACACAACAGCUCGUAUUGUGUUCAAACGACGUCCUACGUCUAACCGAAGUAUACGUACUCCGCAAGAUGACGAGUAAACGUUCCUACUGCAGUUGUGUACAUAUUAUAUUUUUAUGGAUAAUAUAGUCAUUUUUCAGCGA